GAUCCUAAAGUAUCCAAACCACGCAUGCCUACAUUGCUUGAAAGUAAGUCAAAACUCCUCACGCCGAGGCCAACACUUGAAGUCAACCACACAGUAUCGCAGGCUGAAAUGCCGCCGGCAUUUUUUCUCACUUCAGGUGUCCCAGUGGUGAAACGCUCACCGAAUACUCGUCAUCCCUGCUUCUACCUUGACUGAAUCCAAAACUAAACUCGAUGAACUUUACCCCACAUGCACUACAAGACAGCCAAUGUUACUGAGACAAAUAACCAAACUACGUACACAAGUGCAACUUCGCUGUGCAGUGCGUUCCAUGCACCGAAUUCUCGUCUGUGAUUAGUCUAUUGGUUCCCUGUAAUCGUGGAAAGAAGUCUUCUUGGCCAUGGACAGUAUGAGCUCCAGUUGCAAAUCGCGACAGCUUUCGCCUGUUCCGGUUGGUACCUGCCCACCCAUCUCAAAAGCUAGCAGUCAAGGAACCAGAUCGGAGGAAUAUAUGAAUGCAAUACGCCAGAAAAGAAGAGCAAUAGAAAUGCUUAACAUUGAAAAUGAAAUCUUUCGGCAGUUUUCUGCGAGAACAAUGCCACUAAUGGAACCGUCCGAGUUAUCGUUUUCUGAAGCUACUGCCCGACACCAAACUCUACGCCGUCAGUCCAAAAGUUUUGUGUUAGAACGGCACCGAACAAUAACAGCUCAACAGAAAUGUCAUAUACUUUUCUCCCAACGCGAACUACUAAAAUCAGAGAUGAAAGCGUUCAUGGACAAAUGUGAGGUGAUAUUACAGAAUUAUCGGGCUGUAUUGACCACAAAUGCUAUCAGAAUGGAUGAGCUACGAAAGGCCAAAGGUGAAUUUGAAGCCAUCAUGUCUGAAGGAGUUACCUCUUUUAUGCCGGUGCACAAAGCAGAGUCGUUUCUGCGCUACCAAAGCAGAGCCUUGGCCAACAGAAACAAUCUUAUUCACGCUCUUCGAAUAAAAUCAUCGUUGCUUCGAGGCGAAAUCAGGGAAAUCAGACGAAAUAUUCGACUGACAGAAAUUGAUGACAGCCGCCCAAACAAAAUAGACUUCAAGGUUCUGCAGCAGUCGAAUGCGUUAUUUUUGGAGCACUUGCAAGCGAAAAAUAUCGCUCUGGUUCGUACUAAAAAAUUUGGUUCUGAACUAGCCACGAAACUUCGAAUAUACAAAGCGCAGCUGACCAGGCUUACGAUUGAGAACGAAAAGUUUACCACGCGGUUGCAAAGUGACCAAAACCGAACACAACCGUACUCCGAAGAAAUGAAUAAAGUCCUUUGUCAAUGCGAGGAAGAGAACAUGAAGUGCCUGAGGUUACUUCAACUAGCUGACGACUAUCGCGUCCCUGAAGUAACCUGUUUCAUUCAAAAUGUCAUUAAGGAACAGACUUUGGAGAGAAAACAAGCCAUAUGGAAUCAGAGACGACGUAUGGCGGAGGUCAUGUAUAAACGCCAAAGGUCACUGCUGUCAAAAAUCUGGACUGAGAAGGAAAAACAAGCACAGUUGACUUCAAAAUGUCAAUAACAACGCAAUCAGCCUGAUUAUUUUUGCGAAGCACAAUGCAACCGAAUCACUAGAUGCAAGCGGUUGAGUCAAGAGGCACUUAGAACUACCCAAAACGGAUGAAGCUAUCGUCUGAUUCAUCGUGUUCAUUUUUCUGAACAAACUACAAUGAGGCCCAAAGUUGUUCAGAUCAUUUGAUCAUGUCCGAUUCAUUCCUGUGGCUGAAUCCCAUCAUAACGCCAAAAUGAAGCGAAAACUGAA